AUGUGUACUAUUGAAAAAUUAGUUACUCUAACUUAUAGUACUAAUGAUCUCUCAACUACAGUGUCAAAUUCAAUGUAAUCUUUGAGAGAUACGAUGAAUUUUACUACCAAAUCUAUUCUUAAAAAUAAAUUGAGUGCGAAGAAAGGAGGUGAAAUAAAAUCUUCUAUUGAGCUUGAGUACACUUAACUUAACUAUGAUGAGAAUUUUAGAGCUCAUGGUGCAAAAAUAUUUGAGAUAUUGAAAAAUAAUCCUUAUUUAAAUGAAAAAUACGCAAACUUUGAAUUUAUAGCAGCAGGAGGUUUUGGUUUGGUUUUUAAGGCUAAAAAGAAAGUUAAUAACAAUAAACCAAACAAAAUUUAUGAAGAGAGAGAAUUAGCUAAAUAUAUUGCCUUUAAAUUUAUGCUUAAUGACUUAAAUGCAAAAAGAGAGAUUGCAAUCAUGAAAAAGCUAUUUUAGAUGAGCACAAAACUGUUAAUGGCAAGAAAUAUACAAGUAUUUAGGAGAUAUGAAAUAGUUACUAAGGAGAAUGGGACUAAUUAAAAUGCUUGUAGGAUUAUAAACAGUGAUAGCUUUUUUGAAAAUAGUCCUAAAUUGGUUUAGUCAGCUUCGGAAGGCACAAAAGACAAAAUACCCUAUGUUAUGGUAGAAAUGAGCAAGGCUACAUUUUCAGUAGAUGCUGCUAUUUCAUAUAGAAAAAAGAAUAAAAAGCCUUAUUUUAUUUAUGAAAUAAAUAAAAUCAUCAGUAACGUUUUAGAAUGUUUGUUCAUUAUGCAUAUUUAAGGUAUUGCUCAUUUAGAUGUUAAGCCACAAAAUAUCCUAUUUGUAGAUGAAUUAAAUAGAUAUACGUUAGCUGAUUUUGGGUGCAGCCUAGAAUUAAAUUCAAUUGAUUUCGAAAAUUAUUAGCUAGCUACUGAAGAAAUUGUUGGGUUUACUCCUUAGUAUACAGAUCCAAAUAUUCUAGAAAAAGAAUUUUUUAAUCCUUUCAAAGCUGACAUUUGGAGUGUUGGUGUCAUUCUGCUUGAGCUUCUUUCAGUUGGAUAAGAUUUUGAUUUAGUAUAAAUUUUAAAAACAUGUAAGAGCAGUCAAGAUGUUGAAGAGAAAAUAUUCAAAAAAUAUAUCUUUAAUAGUAAUGGUGAGAUGAUUUACUGUCCUAUGUUAAAAAACUUUGUUGAAAUUGACAACUAAUUAAAGAUGUACUUAUAAUGGGAUGAGAAUCAGAGAUGGAACAUCAUAGAAAUUUUAAUAGAAAUAUAAAAUAGUAUCUUAGUUUAGCCAUUUUAUAUCCCCUUUAACAAUUCUAUCACAACUAAAAAGUUAUUCUCCUUUUUGUCAGAUGAAUAACCCCAUUAGUAAUCAUCUCCUCUUAUUUAACAAGAAGGAUAAAAUAAUUCAAAAAUUAAUGAAAAAGAAUGUCCUUACCUUAAGAGGUAGCAAUAAAUUCAGCAAUAAAAUUACUUUCUUUCAGAAUGUGAGCUUGUAUAAGGAUGGAAAUACAGGGGUUUUGUUUGGUCUAAUUAUAAUUUACAAUAAACAGGAUUAUACUUUUCUUAAAAAAAUAUACUUAAAAAUGGAAAGGGAACCAUUUCUAAUAUGCAAAAUAGGCUUGUAUUUUAAGGUAAUUUUGAUCGAGAUUUACCAAUCGGAAAGGGUACAUAUGUUUUGAGUAAUUUUUGUGACAGAAAAGCUUAAUUCACAGGUAUACCGAGUAUAGACUAGAUACUGGUAAAACAUGGAGAUUAAUCACUUAAUGAUGUAGAAAAAAUUGUUUAUGAGGGAGAAUUUGAUAGUGGAUAAAUAAGUGGUGGAUUAAUUACAUAUACAAAUACUGAUAAAGGUACAACUUAUCUAUUAAACAGAUCCUUUAGAUGUAAAGAAGUGGUAAAAAAUUAUCAAAAAGGAAAGAUUGUUUCUGUUUUAGAUUUAAAUUCCAAGCAUAUUUCAAUAAAUUUAAAAUGCUUUAGAUAAAGUAUUUUUGAUAAAAUUUUUUAUGUAUCAACUAGAAUAUAUCCAUUUACAAAUUAUAAGUCUAUAAUAUUUAAAUAAAAUGAUACAAUCAGUAGUGUUAUGCAAAAAAUUAAGUCGAGAAUAAUAGAUACAGAUACCAAAUUUAUUUAAAGAUUAUAAACUGGAAAUGGUUAUAACUUUUAUUUUGAGCAAUCUGUAAUCAUUUAUUCAUAUUUUUUAAGUAUUUUUAAUUACAAAGAAAAAUUUGUCAAAUAAACAAUUAUACAAGACACUACAUCAUAAUAUACAAUAUAUGAUAUAUUCUUACUUUUUGAGUAACAAGUUGUUGAGUAAAUUAUGAGUACCAUGUAGUACAUUAAGCGCAUUAAGCAAAAAGGCAGAAUUUCACAUGAUCAAAUGUGUUUAAACGAUUUCUAUAAAAAGUACAAAGGGCUUCUUAAUAAUUUGGAGUAAUUCUGUGAUAAUAGAGAUGUUGACUCGUAAAACUUCUAAUAAUUUGGAUUAAAUAAGUAAAUUAAAUCAUUUGGCCUUAAUUGCACUUCAUAUGUAACAGAAAAAGAACAACUAAACAUCGAUAAGAGAAAAGUCGCUAAUGACUAAUAAGUUUUUGAAUAUUUGGAGCUUAAGAAUAUGAAAAGACUGGGAAUGUAAUUUGUAACUGAUAAUUACUUUGAGAAGUACCUAAAUAAAAGCUUUAAUACGUUAGAAUAUUUAAAUAUUUCUUUUUAUUCUAAUGAUGUUAAAGCAGACUUUUCUUGUUUAAAAAGUUUGUAAGUGCUUAGUAAAUUCAAGGUUUUUAAAGCUUCUCCAUAAUAGAUUAAAUAGAUAUUUGAAAAUUUAAACUUAAAAAACUUAAAAACAAUCCAUCUUCAGAGAUAAUGUGAGUAUGAUCAAUCAGCUAUAGAUACUAUUUCCUAACAAGAUUAUUCUUUUGUCUAAAACUUUAAAUUUAUAAACUAUAACUCAAAUUAAGGAAAAUGGUUUGAAUGUAUAAUAAAUAGAAAUAAUUCUUUUAGAAACUUAAAAAAGCUCUGUGUAAAAACAUAUAUUUCAAAACUCAGCUGUACCUUAAUUUCACAGAAGCUAAAAAACAUAGAAACUCUUAAACUUUGCUACUGCUAGAUCAACGAUGAAUCAAUCUCAGAGCUAAAGUAACUAUUUAAAGUUACUUCUUUAAACUUAAGUUCAAAUGAAAUCACAGACGAAGGAACAAAAUAUUUGUUUGAAAAUAUGCCUAACGUUAAAAACUUAAAAUUGAAUGGUAGCUAAAAUAUAAGUUUUAAAGGGCUUUAUUUGCUAUCAUCUAAUAUGAAGCAUUUAGAGGAGAUUGAGUUUAAAAAUAAUCUCCCUCACUUCAAUUAUUUUUAAUUCCAUACAGAAAAAUGCAAGAAGUCUCUUUUGCAAGAAAAGGAAAAAUCUGGAGGAAUAGCCUUUAUUGAAUCUUUGUAUGAGCUAAAGAAUUUACAGAACUUGAGAUUGGCUUAAAUGUAUGAAGAAUGCUUCUACGGAGAAAAUCAUUUCGUAAGGAAUAAGCCAUACAGUCCAGAAUUUAUUAAAAGUCUGGCAGUGCUUAGACUAAAUGAAUUGGAUUUAAGUGAUAUUUAAGAAGAUUAUUUAAGGCAUUUUUUGUUAGCAAAGGGAGUUUCAAAUGCCAACAAAUUAGUUCUUAAUCCCAAAAUUAAUUAAAUAUCUGAUGAAAUAGCUUUGGCUUUAAUUAGUGGAAGCUUUAAUCAGCUCUAACAUCUCUCUCUGUCUAAUUGCUACAAUUUAUCAUCUAAAACCAUACAAGUUUUACUAUAAAAUAGAGAUAUAUAAAAAACUAUCAAAGAGCUUUAUCUUAACAAUACGGAAUUUGAUGAUGAUUGCUCCGAUUAUUUAAUAAACUUUUUACACCUUUUUCCUAAAUUAGAGAUUCUCUCAGUUAAAAAUUGUAUUGAUAUCUCGGAGGCUUCGUUAUAAAAGCUACAGAAAAAAUUACAAUAAAACAAAAUAUCUCUCAUUUACUGA